AUGGAGUUGAAAGUCAACGUGGAUGGUGUUGAGCGAAGCAUUUCGGGUGUUUCAAAUGAAACGACCUGUGCACAGAUUAUCUACGCACUAGCUCAUGCAAUUAGUCAGAAAGGUCGUUUUGUGAUGAUCGAAAAGUAUCGCAACAGGGAACGACGUCUUUCUCCUGUCGACAAGCCCCUUGAAUUACUGGAGAAGUGGCGUGAACAUAUGUCGAAUGUGACAUUUGUUUUGAAAAAAAUUGACGAUGAAGAAGACAACAGCUCACCGUCGGAUAUGACACCACGUAAGAACUGGAAACAGUGUUUUGACUUUGUUUACUUUUAUGAGUCACGUUCAGACUACAACUCUGUCAUGGAGCAGAAAUUCGCUUCACUCGGGCGAGGGGCUCAUUCACAUCCACCGCUUUUAAUGCUGCCGGAUGAGGAUAUGUCGAUUGCCAGAAUGGGUCUCAGCCAAAACGACCUACUCGUUCUCAUAGAAAAACAAAGGUUUUUGUUCUUAUGUUUUCAGGAAAAUCUCCGUAACAUCCUAACACCGAUGAGAGAAUCGAAUUGGCCUCAACAAUAUCAAAAACAGCUGAAGCAGUCGCAUAAGUUGCGAGCGGCCAUCGAAGCUACGAAGGAGGCCAUCGACAAAACCAUGAGUGAUAUUGAAAACGUUCGGCUACGAGAGCAGGAACUCCAGAAAAGGUUGACCGAGCUGAACGAUCCCACAUCAACACCGCAACGAACAGCUGCCUCACUUCCAAUCAGCUCAUCGUCGUCAUCGCCGAAGUUGAAGGCCUGCUAA